AUGAAUUUGACGGAGUUAAAUUUUAUAGUAUUUCUAUCUAACUACGUAAUACCUGAGAACACGCCUGUAUUAUAUACCAGGAGUAAAUUGGAAUGUGCCGCCAUAACAAACUAUACCCAUCAUCAAUCUUUCUUCUAUCAUCGUAAAACCAGGGUCUGUAUAACUCUACCCUAUACCAUAUACUCUACACAGAACCUGGUAAAUCAUGAUGGAUUUCAGUAUUCGGUUAAAGAAGCACCAAUAUGUGGUCCGGUGCCUACUUUCGAUUUAGCUGUAUUUAACUCAGUAACGGUAGAAACUAGUGGAAUCUAUAGAGCCAAUUACAUAUGUCCAAGUGCCUAUUUUACAACCAAUACAGAACCCUUCUCAUAUUGUGAAACAUCAACCCAAUCCUGGACACCCUUACAGUUAAAUUGCUCUGUUGUAUCAUCAUGUGGAGAUAUACAGAAAUGUAACCCAUCUUAUGUUGACGGUGAAUAUUGGUUAUAUCCUGAUAUAUAUAACAACAGUAGAGUAAAAAUAUAUUGUCAUGGUUUAUCAUCUUCACAGCCCAGCGAAUACAUUACUCUACCCAAGAUAAAUGUAGCCAGUUACCCAGAAGGAGAAUACACAUCAUCAUGUUCUAUUUCAACUUUCGGUGACCGAUGGGGAGAAACAAAUUUUAAUAAAAUCAGAAUUAAUAUAAAGACCACAGAAGUCACAACGGAUGAUUACACGUUUACAACACAGGUAAAUGGAAUACACCAACCAUUUGGUCAUGCAGAGGCUUGCUCUAAUAUUGCCAGUUAUGACACAUGCCCUAAACAAGGAUAUGCUUUGGUGGAUGUCACGGAAACUGGAUUCAAAUUCAACCCAUUGACCAACUGGAAGCUGGGUGGUUGGCAGAGUUUAUGUGAUAUAAUAGAGCUAUCGAACGUCAGAUUUGUAGGUCAGGGCGAUGGAUAUUGUGGUGGGUGUUUUCCUGAUGGUGCUAUUAAAUUAGAUCGAGAUUUAACUGCUAUUCCCGCCUUAUCGACAGCAGUUAUACCGCAGUGUGGUACAAGCUCUUAGGACAACGGACGAGUUGCUAAAUCCUAGAAUACUUCACUUCACAGAUAAUUAGUAUGAAUUAUUACCCAAUCCAUGAAAGUUAUACUUUUAUACAGCUUGGAUGACUCUCCUCUACAGUGAGAUUGUAUUUGUAUAUAAUUCAAGACAAACGUAACAAUAUGCAAUUUUGAAAAUACAAAAAGUGAAAAUGUUAUAAACGAACAUGUUCGAAGCUUAUUGAUGUAAAAUAAGUGUACAUUAAACUGAAGUCUAUGAUCUAAAUACGUUGUUGCCAUUGAACAUGUUCCUUGAUCAUUGAUGCCAUGUCUACGGUGACUGAUAAGGGACAUGAAAAAUAAUAUA